GAUCUCAGUAGCUCCAGUAUAUCAGUCGCCUGUCAGCUCCGAGCGACCGACUAUUUAUAAAAAUAAUAACAAAUUUGUUUUGUUUAAUUAUUAUAACAAAACAAUGUUUAUUAACAUAAAAUAAAUUUAAUUGUCAACUUAAACAAAAUUCAAAUCUCCAGUCUCCAAAUUAACAGCACCAGUGCACAUCAUACACACAACACACCAUGGAUGGACCUUGCCUUCAUCAAUUCAUCGUGACACCUUUUAAGAAUAUCCAACGAUUACACCGAUUUAGAGAAAUAAAAUGGAUGAAUCCACGAGCGGAUGCCAAUACAGCUUAUGUACCAACGUACAUUGAACAUCUAGCAAAUAUAAUAACACAUGGAAUAUGGAUUGUCCCGGCACUACUUGGAGCUGUGGAACUUAUUUCCAGAUCAAAGAAUUGGACUCAAUUAACAUCCGCAUGGGUCUACGGUCUGGCACUACUUUUACUUUUCGUAAUAUCAACAUCGUUUCACUGCGUACACUACCGCAAUCACAAACAAUUAAAAGACGUUUUGCAUCGAUGCGAUCGUGCUAUGAUAUAUGUUUUUAUCGCGGCGACAUAUUUCCCAUGGUUGAUGGUCGAAGAUUUUCCGGAUAAUGAUAUUAUACCAACGAUGAGAUAUUUAGUAUGGAUUAUGGCAAUUAUUGGUAUUUUAUAUCAGCAAGUAUUUCACGAAAAAUAUAAAAUGUUAGAAACUAUUUUUUAUCUAGUCAUGGGAGUGGGACCAAGUAUUGCUGUUAUAACUGUUAAUAAAUUUGACAACAUACGAGAAUUGAAGACUGGCGGAUUUAUAUACAUUGUUGGAAUAUUAUUUUUCAAAUCUGAUGGACGUAUACCUUGUGCUCAUGCUAUUUGGCACGUGUUCGUAACAGUCGCAGCAGCGUUUCAUUACUACGCAAUACUAAAUCAUCUUUAUCCUCCAAUUUAUAAAGACGAAAGCGUACCAAUAAUUAACGAUUUUAUUAAAUCAUCAGUUGAACUUUGAAACUAUAAAUUAAAUGUUUACUUUAGAGAUAAUUACCUUCAAUCUACGAUAUUAUUUUAUGAAACUUUUACAUGACAGUAUAAAAUUAACGUUAAACGUUUCUUUUUUAUUUUCUUUUGUUAAAUACAUAAUUAUAUAGUUUAUUUUUUAUUUUAUGUAUAUACUCCUCGAGAAUUUAAAAUUUAAAAAAUGACAUUUUUUAUAAAAAUA